AUGAAUGAAGAAGAGACUGAAGAAGAGUUGGAGGCCAUUCAUACGUUCAUGUCGAUGUGUCAUGACAACUUGGUUAGAGCCCUUGAUAUGAGAAUGACUGAGAAGACUUGUCUAAUUGCUUUAGAGUAUCAUGAAGUGCAUCUUGGCAUCUUCCUGUCUAAGAUAAGCAGAAAAAUGAUCAAGAUCAUUUCCAGAGUACACCAAUACCAUCUAAAUGGCCUAAUGCACAAAGAUUUGCGUCCUCAAAACAUCUUAGUGUAUGCAGAGGAAGAAAAGUUAAAGGUCGCUAACUACAAACUAGGUUUUGUUAGUGGCAUCAUUAAGGGAAACAAGGUGCUGAAAUAG